AGAGCGAUAUUCGUGUUUUCACAGCAUGUUGUAAAUGUCUGAGGUUUUGCUCAUCCCGGCUUGGAAAUAAAAAUAGGGAAAGGAGAGCAACUUGAAUCAGAAGUUACUAGAAGAGCGCGCAGAGUUCUGCAGCAGUUUAUAUUUGCUCUGACAUUUUGCUUUCUUCUAACUGGAAAACAGAGGACCUGGCAUUUUUUAAAUGGGCUUUUCCCAUAAUGGCAUUCUUGUAUUGUGUGGCCAGAGCUUGCACAGGAGGAAAGCAGGCUGCUGAAUUUAGUCACUGAUCUCUAUUAGCUGUGGCCUAAGGCUAUGCUGAGGUUUAUAUCCCAUUUGUACUGUUGCAGCUCAAAAGAAGAAUGUUCAGAGGAUGACAAAUGUAUUCUGAGUAGAUCUCUUGUGGAAGAGGACGACCAGCACAUGAAACUGUCCCUUGGAAGCAGUGAAAUGGGCCUCGCUUCCCAUUUGCAGUCUUCCAAGGCAGGAAGCACACGCAUCUUUACCAGCAAUUCCCACAGCUGUGUGGUGUUACAGGGCUUUGAGCAGCUUCGCCAUGAUGGAUUGCUUUGUGAUGUGACCCUGCUGCCAGGUGACACAGAUGAUGCUUUCCCUGUGCACAGAGUAAUGAUGGCAUCUGCUAGUGACUACUUCAAAGCUAUGUUCACAGGUGGAAUGAAAGAGCAAGAUUUAAUGUGCAUUAAGCUUCAUGGCGUGAGCAAAGUAGGGCUAAGGAAAAUUAUUGAUUUCAUCUAUACUGCGAAGCUUUCUCUUAACAUGGACAACCUUCAAGAUACACUGGAAGCUGCCAGCUUUCUUCAGAUUCUGCCGGUUUUAGACUUCUGUAAAGUAUUUCUCAUAUCUGGGGUCACUUUGGAUAAUUGUGUUGAAGUUGGACGGAUUGCCAACACCUACCAUCUGACAGAAGUGGAUAAAUAUGUCAACACCUUCGUCUUAAGGAAUUUUUCUGCAUUGAUGAGCACUGGGGAGUUCCUGAAACUCCCCUUUGAGCGUCUUGUUUUUGUGCUUUCUAGUAACAGCCUUAAGAAAUGCACUGAACUUGAGCUCUUCAGAGCUACCUGUCGCUGGCUGCGCUUGGAAGAGCCUAGAAUGGAUGUUGCCGCAAAAUUAAUGAAGAACAUACGAUUUCCGCUGAUGGCACCACAGGAGCUCAUUAAUUACGUGCAAACGGUGGAUUUCAUGAGAACUGACAAUACUUGUGUCAAUUUGCUUCUGGAAGCCAGCAAUUACCAAAUGAUGCCAUUUAUGCAGCCGGUUAUGCAGUCAGACAGGACUGCCAUUCGGUCUGACACCACUCAUUUGGUUACCCUCGGAGGAGUCCUGAGGCAGCAGCUUGUUGUCAGUAAAGAAUUGCGCAUGUAUGAUGAAAAGACCCAUGAGUGGAAAUCUCUAGCCCCCAUGGAUGCCCCAAGAUACCAGCAUGGCAUUGCUGUCAUCGGAAAUUUUCUCUAUGUCGUUGGUGGGCAGAGUAAUUAUGAUACAAAAGGAAAAACGGCUGUCGAUACAGUGUUUAGAUUUGAUCCUCGAUACAACAAAUGGAUACAAGUUGCAUCUUUAAACGAAAAGCGCACCUUCUUCCACCUAAGUGCCCUCAAAGGAUAUCUGUAUGCAGUUGGUGGGCGAAACGCAGCUGGAGAAUUGCCUACUGUAGAAUGUUACAAUCCAAGAACAAAUGAAUGGACCUAUGUUGCCAAAAUGAAUGAGCCGCACUAUGGCCAUGCUGGAACUGUGUAUGGAGGAGUGAUGUACAUUUCAGGAGGAAUUACCCAUGACACUUUCCAAAAGGAACUCAUGUGCUUCGACCCUGAUACUGACAAAUGGACCCAGAAGGCACCGAUGACCACUGUCCGAGGCCUACACUGCAUGUGUACAGUGGGAGACAGGCUCUAUGUCAUUGGUGGCAAUCAUUUCCGGGGCACCAGUGAUUAUGAUGAUGUCUUGAGCUGUGAAUACUAUUCACCUAUCCAUGACCAGUGGACCCCAAUUGCUGCCAUGUUAAGAGGGCAGAGUGAUGUUGGGGUCGCUGUCUUUGAGAAUAAAAUCUAUGUGGUUGGGGGAUAUUCGUGGAAUAAUCGCUGUAUGGUAGAGAUAGUGCAGAAAUAUGAUCCAGAGAAAGAUGAAUGGCAUAAGGUGUUUGACCUUCCAGAGUCCCUUGGUGGUAUUCGAGCUUGCACACUUACAGUUUUUCCACCUGAAGAAACCACACCAUCACCUUCUAGAGAGUCCCCUCUCUCUGGACUCUCUUAGAGUCCUUCCAAUUAAAAUGUGGUAUUCCUAUCUUUGCAAUGUGUCAUGAUUAUCUUCUUUUCCCCCCUUAAGUAGUAUAUAUGUUAGAAUUAGCCUCCAGUAAUUGAAACAGAUAUUGGAAAAAAAUUGACAUUGAUGUUACUUGUGGUGUUCGUAUGGCCUAGAGUGUUUAUAAAGUGAUAACAAACCAUCCUGGAAAUAUAUCUCAUAGAAGCUGAUGUUUAACAUGAAAACAAAAGGUGUUGUCUACAAAACGUUUCUUCAGUAAUUUUAAAUGCUGUGUACUGGGUGUAAGGUAUUCAUCAUCUUACAUUAUAAGCCAGGUUGAAGGUGGAUUAUAGUAAAUGUACAACUGUGCUCACUAGGCUUCAAAGCAAAGACGUUUUCCUUUCAUCUUUAACUGUAAGAUGUCAAAGGGAGGCAGCCUGCUCUGACAAGAAACAACACACAAAAGGUUGCCAACUCGCAUGAGCUACCUCCCUCUUUUCAUAAAGUAUUUUUGACACAUCUGUCAGCCCACCUGAUUGUGUGGGUGCAUUGAGAACACACCAAGUUUCUAAGACACACAGGAGAAAUAAAUAAAAUUCACCAACAUUCAUUUUGCGGGGAGGGAAAUAAUGACCCCUCCGCUUAUAAGGAUUGGUUUGGGUUU